GAAAAGAAAAAAAAAAAUCAUUUCUCUCUGUGUGAGCAAGCGGGAGAAAGACUGAAAGAGGGGAACUGAAAAAUCCGUAAAGGAAAACCCUAGGCUAGGCAACUUGGUUACAGGUUCAUAAUACAUGAUGCCGACUCAUCGUAUACCAAGCAAACGAGGAAGAUUAGAAGCCUAUUACAACCUUAUACCCAGAGUAGAUUGAUCAGAAAGUGUUGCUGUUGUGCCAAAUGUUGAACUCAAUGAAGUAGUUGUUGAUGCAGAUGCAGUUGAACCCAAAGUUUUGCACACCCAGAGAACUGGAAUAGUAGAAGACAGACCUGAAGGGAUGGAAGUUACUCCAUUAGAACGUGAUCCAGGGUUAAGAAUUCCAGUAAUGCAACAUCCUGUUAACAAGCGUGACGAAGUUCGGCGAGCAUAUUUAUUGUUGGGACCUUAUCAGCCGAGAUUAAAUUAUCCCCGCUCUAAAUUCGGAACGCAAAACCGUGGGUUUAAUUUUAGUUGGUUCGCGCUACACCCUUGGUUGGAGUAUUCACCUUCUAAAGAUGCUGCAUAUUGUUUUCAUUGUUAUCUUUUUGAAUCAGAUCCACCAAAACACUCAGCAUUCACCAGUGAAGGUUUCAAAAGAUGGUGUUCAGUUCGCAAUGGAUCAGCAUGUGCAUUUCUAAAACACUCUGGAAAUGUUGAUUCUGGACACUCUAUUGCCUAAGGAAAUUCUGAAGCUUUGAAGAAUUCAGCUCAACGAAUAACUAAUUUGGUAAAGAAACAAUCAGUAGAGGCUGUAAAGAGACAUAGGUUGCGUCUCAAGACAACCAUUGACUGUUUAAGAUGGCUUGCGUGUCAACAAUGUGCUUUCAGAGGUCACAAUGAGUCAAAAGGUUCAAGGAAUCGUGGGAAUUUUAUUGAAUUGAUUAAGUAUUCAGCAUCACUUAAUAAAGAUGUAAAUGCAGUCGUCUUGGAGAAUGCUGAUGGAAAUGCCAAUUAUACUUCACCCAAGAUUCAAAAGGAGAUCUUGAAUAUUAUAUCUAACAGAGUUAGAAGCAAGAUUCGCGAGGAAAUUGGAAAUGCCAAGUGUUGUAUCCUUGUUGAUGAGUCGCGGGAUGCUUCCAAGAAAGAGCAAAUGGUGAUUGUUUUAAGGUAUGUGGAUAUUGAUGGUUAUGUUCAAGAAAGGUUUUUCGAUAUACAACGUGUUGACGAUACUUGUGCUUUAACUCUGAAAAAUGGAAUAACAAAAAUUCUUAAUUAUUAUGAUCUUCAAGUUGAAAACAUGUGAGGGCAGGGGUAUGAUGGCGCUAGUAAUAUGCGUGGUCAGUGGAAUGGCUUACAAGCCUUGUUUCGUAAGGAAUGUAAAUAUGCAUAUUAUGUUCAUUGUUUUGCGCAUCGCCUUCAGCUAGCACUUGCGAAAACUGCUGAAACUUUGGGUCCAGUUUGGAAAUUCUAUUCUAUGUUAUCAUCAAUUGUCAAUCUUGUUACAUCUUCUUCACAUCGGUUUGGUGAUUUUCAGUCUGCUCAAGAAGAUGAGAUUGCCAAAAGGUUAGCUAGUGGUGAACUUGAGACAGGGAAAGGGGCAAACCAAAUAGGUACUUUGCCACCUGCUACUGAUACCCGUUGGAGUUCCCAUUAUGGUUCCGUAUGCAGUUUGAUAGAUAAGUUCGAAGCAAGCACAACUAUUGACCAUAUUGGCGCAAGUGAUCCCAAAGUGACUCCUAAAGUUGGUGAAGCACAAAGUAUUUCUGAAGAAAUGAGAUCAUUCAGGUUUGUCUUUGUCUUGCAUUUGAUGUUUAAGAUUAUGGGAAUUACUGAAAUAUUAUGCCAAGGUCUUCAAAAGAAAACACAAGACAUAGUAAAUGCAAUGGCUCUAGUCUCAAACAGAAAAGUUUUACUUAGAGAAUUAAAAGAAGAGGGAUGGGAAAAUUUUAUUACAACUGUUGUUAAAUUUUGUGGUGCACAUGGUGUUGAAACACCUAAUAUGGAGGCUCGCUAUAUGAUGGGUACAGGUCGUUCUUGUCAGCAACGUGAUAAUAUCACAGUAGAUCACCAUUAUCGUGUAGAUAUAUUUACUGCUACAAUUGAUUUUCAGUUGUCAGAGUUAGAUCAUAGGUUUCCAGAGGACACAAUGGAACUACUCAUUCUUAGCUCGUGCUUGGAUCCUCGGGAUUCUUUUAAGUCAUUCGAUGUUGACAGUCUUUGUAGUCUUGCUAAGAAGUUUUAUCCUCUAGAUUUCAGUCGGCAAGAGGUACAAGAAGGCAGAAGCUUACCCUAUGAUUGACAGAUUGAUUCAUAUUGUACUUACUCUCCCUGUUUCCUCGGCACCUGCAGAACGAUUUUUCUCAAUAAUGAAAUUGGUUAAAUCGUCUACUCGCAACAAAAUGGAACAAGAUUUUCUUAGGGAUUGCAUGAUGCUCUACAUCGAACAAGACAUUGCAGGAGCUAUUACUACCGAUUCAAUCAUAGAUGAGUUUGAUGAUUUACACAAUCGUAGGGUACAACUUAAGUACUAGUCAUGGGUUGAUAAUAAUCACUUUUUGGUAAAUAUAAAUGCGGGUUGGUGAUAUUUUUUGGUAAAACAUUUUGUAUAUUUGGAAGAAUUGAUAUGAUAUAUAUAUGUAUGAUAAAGAAAACCCUUUAAUUGGAUACAUGGUCUUUUAUGGUCUCACUAUAUUUAUACAUUGUUACUUCUUACUAACAAGUGCAGGUUACUAUAUCAUUCAUUAGCAAUGGCAAGGCUAAGCAUUUUAAUCGGGUAAAUCGUUGAAAUGUCAUAUAGGUUGAUUAGGCAAUUAUUAUAAUUCAUUUGCUAGUCGUGUUGUCUUGAUUGAAUUGUUUCCCAGGAGGAAACAAAACGACCAGAGGUACAUUAGGGAGCUGCUGCGCCAGGUCAGGUGGAAGGAAAACUCAACUUCCCGAAACUAAGGGUUUAAUAGCCAAUUUUGGCAUAUAUAUAUAUAUAUAUAUAUAUAUAUAUAUAGGUGUGCAUCGACGAAGACUCUGUAUAGUGUAUGUCUAUGGUCGAAAGCAAAUGUCGUGCUGGAAUACACAAAGAGGUCCGUUUAUUGAGAAUUUGUGUAUUACAAUCCCAGAACACGCCAGCAUCUUACUCACAGACAUCAACACAAUAAGGCCGGUUACAGACUUCCAAUUCUUCCAUUCGACCCUCUCCUUAAUCAUGUAUUUCCAUCGCAGCUUUCACCUGGCAGUAGGUCAAGUGCCAGUUUCCUAGCCUCAGGUCCAGCAGACUGCCUCAGUCGCUCAACAACAGCUGAUGCCUCCGAACUUGCAACAAGGUGUCUCUGGGCCUGCUGGUAUUCACCAGAAGCAGCAAUUGCAUCAGCCUCCACGCCAAUCCUCUUCUUAGAUAGCUCAGGUCCCGUCUCGGCAAACACAAGCUUUACAAGCUAGCCUUCAGUCAUCAAAACAAGCAUUCUCUCAGCCACAACAGAAGUUAUAUAUGAUGCAGUAUGCUGGUUAAAAUCUAUCUCAGCAGCUGAAUGCCCAGGCAACUAAACUACAGGUACUUCUAGAUGCUACAUCUCUAAGUGACUGUAUUGAGCUGUUGUUGCUGCUGAAUAUAUCUUUAGGACAAAAAUUGACUGUAUUGAGCUCUUAAGCUUUACUGUGUCAGGCUAUGAGCAAUACCAAGUGAAAAGUUACCAUGAAAAUAUAUACAUCUUAAGGUUAAUGAAAAUCUAGAAGCUUAUUGUGUGUGUAGGUUGUUUGUAUGGAUUAUCCACGACCUGAACUCGAUAACGCAGUUAAUUACUUAGAAGCUGCUUACUUUUACUCAAUAUGUAAUAAACCUUUGAAUGUUGUCAUUUGCUGCUGCAGGUAACUAUUAGUAUUUCAUUCUUUCCUUUACUCUUCUUGUCUUUCUUUCUGACAUUUGAUUUACAUAUCUUGUUUUGCUUAUACUUGUGUAUCGUGUUUUACGUUUGUACCUGGGAAAUAUGAUCAUUUCAACAUGUUUAUAUUACUUGCAUUCAUUAUGGUUUAAUAUAUGACAUCGUACCUAGUGAUGACGAAGCUUUCUUAUGCUGGAUGGGGUACGAUGCAACAGAGAGUUUUUGUAAAGGAUAAGGAGGUUGAUUGCGAUGCAAUCUAGUUAUCGAGUAGCCCUGGUGAUCUCAAUUAUCCAUCUGUUAAGUUGAGUGUUAAAAAAUUCGAUUCUUUUUGAAAGAAAAAUUAUGUACAUUUUGAUUUAGAUGACGGUGUUGCUAUGUGUACCUCUCUCUCUUUGGGUUUAACAUUUUCUCUUGUGGAUUGUAACGUAGCUUGCAUCUAUGUAUGAAUACUGCCACUUAACUAGCACUUCCCCUUUAGUAGCCUUUGUUGCCGGGCUAUAAAAUUUGGUAUCAACUUUUCUGUGUUCUUCCUCACUAUUUAAGUCAAAUGUUACCAACUGAGUAUCAAGGUUUCAUCUCAUGUCAUUAGUUUUAUGAACACAACGGAAACUUUGACACCAGAAUUACCAAACCUCAACUAUGAUAAACGCCUUAUUUCUUUCUUGAUUGUCAUCAGUUGUCCAUGGAAACUGAACCGCAAAGCUCAGUUAAUACAAUUUGCUGAUGUUGUUGGCUGUUUUGUACAUAUUGAGCACACUGCAGAAAAUAGAUUUCUACUCAAGUUUCUAGAUUGAUGUCUUUGUAUGUACAUGUACUGCCAGUAACCGCCUUUCGGCUCUUCACUGUAUGUGCAUGUUCAAUCCAGAUGCACUGUUUACUCCAUUUCUCCAUUUCUGCAUUUGCCAUAUCUAAUACUUAUGCAUUGUAUUUGGGUUGCAGGAUUUUCGCAUAAGCAGAGGAGUGGAACUCGCCAUGCAUUGAGAUUAGAUAUUAACUUACAAGUAGGAGUUUCUUAUAUUGGGUCUUCUCUUCUGAAACUAAACUAAGUUAAGAGUCUUGAUUGAAAUCUAGAGUAAAUGUGGCACAAGUGAUAAAAUGUUGUCGUUUCCUUCCCUUUAUUUUGUAAAAUGUCUUGAAUGUUUAAACAUAUAUCCUUGAACAUAUGAAUAUCAAUAUAAGUGGUGCGAAAUUUGUUUGGUUGA